AUGGCCGACACUAGGAAUCUAUCUGUCUCGGCUGGCAAUGAUGCUCCACGCACUGCCAGCAUCACUCCUCAGGACAUGCACCAUCUUGCCAAAGUCGACACCAAUGUCGCCGCAGAGGCCGCCAGAGCAACCCAGUCUGAAGUGUCCAUGACACUCUGGCAGGCCAUCAAGACCUAUCCCAAGGCCAUUGGCUGGUCCGUCCUCAUCAGCACUUGCUUCGACAUCGUUCUCAUCAACUCCCUGAUGGCACUUCCUGCUUUCCAGCUCCGCUUUGGUCAGCGCUCAGCUGACGGCAGCUACCAAAUUAGCGCUGCCUGGCAGUCUGGUCUGUCGAACGGUGCUUUGGUCGGUGAAGUGCUGGGUCUUCUGUUCAUUGGUUAUAUCGUCGAACGCAUUGGCUACAAGAAGACCAUGAUCGGUUCUCUUACCCUUCUUACUGGCUUCAUCUUCAUCGUCUUCUUCGCACAAAGCCUACCGAUGCUCCUCGUCGGAGAGAUCCUCAUGGGUAUCCCAUGGGGAGCCUUCCAAACCCUCACCACAACCUACGCAGCUGAGGUCUGCCCCGUCAGUCUCCGGGCCUACCUCACAACCUACGUCAACCUCUGCUGGGUCAUUGGACAGUUCCUCUCUUCAGCUGUUCUCAAAGGUGUUGCCAACAAGACUGGUCCAAUCGGCUACAAACUUCCCUAUGGGCUCCAGUGGAUCUGGCCUGUUCCAUUGAUCAUCGGUAUUGCAUUGGCACCAGAAUCGCCAUGGUGGCUAGUCCGCAAGAACCGCCCGGAAGAAGCCAAGAAGCAAGUGCUCCGCUUGACAUCGCGCAACCAGACCGAUUCCGGCUUCAGCGUCGACGAGACCGUCAACAUGAUGAUCUACACCAACGAGCUCGAGAAGGCAAGCACCGAAGGAACCAGCUACUUGGACUGCUUCAAGGGCAUCGACCUUCGCCGCACCGAGAUUGUGUGCGUGGUCUGGGCUAUCCAGACCAUGUGCGGUGCAUCUUCGUUCACUGGUUACUCGACAUACUUCUUCGAACAAGCCGGUCUCGAUGUUUCCUCUGCCUUCUCCAUGUCGCUGGGUCAGUACGGUCUUGGUGCUGUCGGUACCCUUCUAUCUUGGGUUCUGAUGACCAAGUUUGGACGUCGUACACUUUACCUCUGGGGACAGAUCGCCAUGGUGGCUAUUCUGCUAAUAGUCGGAUUUCUUGGUGUUGCACCCAAGAACGCCGAAGGCCCAAGCUGGGCGAUCGGUGCCAUGAUCUUGAUCUACACAUUCGUCUACGACAUGACUACUGUCGUCCUUGCCCGCAACCUUUACAACAUCACCGGUGUAGUAGCCAACGUCCUCACCCCUCACAUGCUCAACCCAGACGCUUGGGGCUGGGGAGCCAAAGCCGGAUUCUUCUGGGCCGGCACCGGAGCUCUGUGCGCAGUAUGGACAUAUUUCCGUGUUCCCGAGCCCAAGGGCAGGACAUAUGCCGAGAUGGACAUGUUAUUCGAUGCCGAGAUUUCAGCGAGAAAGUUUUCUCAGACCAAUGUCGAGAGUUUUGAGGAUACUGUCAUGCAUGAGAAGGGUGGCGAGAAGAGCACCGUCGAGUAUAUUGACAAAGCUGAUGCUUGA